CCAUAGUACAAUAUUUUCGCUCGAGACAGGACAAGAUUCAUUUUUUUCCUGGAACCGCGUCGACUUACAAGCCAGCUGAACUUUUUCCAAGAAUGUCCCCGGAAGUGCCGAAGAAAUUCUACCGACAUGUCCUUAAAGGUGUCGCCCACUACUCCCGUACAAGAAAACGCGCUUGCGACCUCCAAGACAUUACCGCCUACCUGUACCUGAAAAACCGAAGGCUCAUAACAGCGGACCAGCUGCGAACCAUUUCCCGGAAAGCCGUUUCGAAACUGUGCACUGCAGGCGUAAUAAAAAAAGUACGAAAUGAGUACUGGUUGGUCGAACCGUACACAGUUACGCAACACCCGAGGGAAGAAUUGGCAAGACCUUCCUCAUCAUCGCCCUCGUCGAGGAUCAAACGAAAAGCUUCACCAAGCUAUCCGACAUCGUUGCCCAAACGUCAGAGGCGCGCCCCGUCCAGGCGAUCCGCUGUGCCAAUGGACGUAGAUGAAUCCGCGCCGGUUAACGACGAGCAACAGUUCGAUAGUGACGAUGACUAUGAAGAUGAUGAUGAUGAUGAUGAUGACAGUGAAGAAGCGAUCCCUCCUGAACCGGUCAAGGUGGAAGGGGUAGCAGCUAAUCUGGAACAAGCAUCCUACUCCAGCGAGGAAGAGCAGAGCGGAGCGAUGUCAGCGGAUGAGGACGAAUCGGCAGGCGUGGCUGCUGGAAGUGCUAACCCGUAAAUAGAUUGUUCCGAUGGUUGAAAUUCUGGUGAUAGAUCUUUCCAGCUCCAAAUUUGAUUUAUUGUGAUAGUAUAUUUAUAAUAAAUUUAUGAAAAUCA